UGCAGCGCCCGCGGCGCCGCUCCCGGCACGGCCCGGGAUGGGCUCCGCGCACUCCGUGCCCGCCGAGAUGCGGGAGCUGGCGGACAGGACGGGCUUCACCUCGGAGCAGAUCGAGCACCUGCACCGGCGCUUCAAACAGCUCAGCCAGGACCAGCUCACCAUUCGCAAGGAGAACUUUGACAGCAUUCCCGACCUGGAGUUCAACCCCAUCAGGGGGAAAAUCGUCCACGCCUUUUUUGACAAGCGGAACCUGCGGCAGGAGUCGGACGGGCUGGCGGAUGAGAUCAACUUCGAGGACUUCCUGACCAUCAUGUCCUACUUCAGACCCAUCGAGAUGAACAUGGACGAGGAGCAGCUCGACCGCUUCCGGAAGGAGAAGCUGAAAUUCCUGUUCCACAUGUACGACUCGGACCACGACGGGAAGAUCACGCUGCAGGAAUACAGAAAUGUGGUGGAGGAGCUGCUGUCGGGGAACCCCCACCUGGAGAAGGAGUCGGCUCGCUCCAUCGCCGACGGGGCCAUGAUGGAGGCUGCCAGCAUCUGUGUGGGACAAAUGGGCCCGGACCAGGUGUACGAGGGCAUCACCUUCGAGGAUUUCCUUAAGAUGUGGCAGGGCAUCGACAUCGAGACCAAGAUGCACGUCCGCUUCCUCAACGUGGACACCAUCGCUCACUGCUACUGAGGAGGAGCAGCAGCAGGACGAGGAGCAAGAGGAGGACGAGGAGGAUGAAGAGGAGGAUGAAGAAGAGGAAGAGGAGCCAGCAGCAGCUCCAUGUCCUGGCACCUGGCUCCCAGCCCCACGGCUCUGCUCCGCUGUUCCACGCCGGGGCUGCCCUCUGCUCUCUAGAAACAUC